CUGAGGUGUCGGUACCUGAAUAUUGGGAACCUCAACCCCGCGAUAGUAAUGGAAAAGAACUGGUAUCACACUUAGUUUGCCUUGACCCCAAUAAACCAAACCACAAAGAAGAAUACAAGAAGAUCAGCGAUCAUUUUCUGCAGACAGCUAAUCAAAAAAUUCUGCAGAUUGAAAGAGUCCAGAAUCCAUCGUUGUUCAAACAAUACAUUAUAAAGAAACAAAGUUUAGAUGAAAAGAAUGGCAGUAACGAAAAGAUCUUGUUUCACGGUACAAAAGGUGACAAGAUAAAGGAAAUUAAUGAAAGUGGUCUCAACAGAAAUUAUGCUGGGAUUAAUG